UUAAUAAUAAGGAGAAGUAAAAUAGAAAAUUUAUUUAUCUAUUAAUAUAUCUAUAAGAAAUGAGUGGACAUUUGGUCUUUGUUUACGGCACUCUUAAAACUGGUCAACCAAAUCAUUAUCUGUUAAAUGAUAAAAUCAAUGGUUUUUCUAAAUUUGUCGGUAAAGCUCAGACAGUGGACAAGUGGCCACUUGUUAUAUCAUCUAAAUAUAACAUACCCUUCCUAUUAAAUAAACAAGAUUUUGGAAAAAAAAUUUGUGGUGAAAUUUAUUCAGUCGACGAUAAAAUGAGAGACUUCUUGGAUAAAUUUGAAUGCCAUCCGACUUAUUACAAGAGAUUAGAAACUCCUGUUAUAUUAGAAGAUGGAUCACAAAUGAGUCCAUGGAUUUACUUCUUAUUAGACUUUAAGCCAGAAAUGUUGAAUUUGAUUACUUAUGGCAAUUAUGACAGUUAUGGUGAUCACGGCUUACCUUAUGUGGAAAGUGAAACCACUUCCAGCACAGAUGACAUGUGGGCAUAA